AACUCACUCAUUUGAUGGUCAACUGACGGCAGAGGUAGGUUGUUCGUUUGUUCUUUCUCAACUUUAGUAUAGAAUGUGUUGCAACUUGCAAAGUUAGUCCAACAAUUACGGACUAAAAUAGAAUGUAGAUUGUGUUACAACCUGCAACAUUAGGCCAACAAUCACCCACUAUAACAGAAUGUGGAUUGUGUUACAACUUGCAACAUUUGGCCAACCCUUGUGAGUUGAAUUAGGAUGCAAAUCGACUAUUAUAAAAAUCAGCUUUCGACCCACAAUGACCAGUUUACCUGAGUACAUGGACUUUUGGUUUUAAUAUUAACACAGCUGCUUCGCUACGCUUGACUCAUGCUGAAAUGAUUUGGUCUAAGUAUAAUAAUAUCGGGCUUGCCAAAUGUGUGUGUUAAGUUCUACCCCAACAUCUGGCAUUGAGGUCCAGAAGUCGAUGCCUGGCCUGGAUAUAUGUUGGUUAACUGGACGUAGACGAAACAACGAACGUGUCGGCAAGAAGCCUUCAUCAUCAUCAUCAAACAACAGUUCGAAAAGAAUUUAAAGAAAACUAUCCCUUUAGCUGUAAUGAAGUAUCCGAGAGGACAGCAAUGGGGAAAAUCUACUCUUUCCUGUUGUCCUCUCAAGGCUUCUUGCCGACACGUUCGCUGUUUUAUAGCUUCUUUUUUCUUCUUCUAGUUUUUAAACAUACUUUGUUUUGUUCCUCUCCAUUUUUCAAAACCUCAUUGCAGUCUCUCCCCCAUAGUAGCCUACUUAUUUCAAGUAUUUAGCAUUAACGAUGCACUGAAUGUUUUAUGCUGUAUGUUACAUUGUGUGUUGUACACUGAGAUAUAAUCUGUAAAACUUUUUUAAAUAUUUUUUUUUUACGUGCCGUUUAAAACUUGCCACUGGAUGAGAAACAACUAAUAGUGUUAUAUUUUAUUUUUCAGAUUUUGUGUGUGUUCUCCUUCAAAAUAGACUCCUGUUUCAUAUUUCGACUAGAAUGUCGCUUGUGUUUAAACACAGUCGUUCCUACGUGGGACCCGUCAAAGCCUGCAUCCUGGACUGGAGUGGCACCACGAUAGACAAGUUCGUUCUGGCCCCCGCCAUCGUGUUCGUGGAGACCUUCAAGAAACACAAGCUGACCAUCUCGAUGGCCGAGGCCAGGGUCCCCAUGGGCAUAAGGAAAGACCUCCACAUCAAGGCCAUCACGGAGCUGCCCGAGGUCCGCCAGAGAUGGAAGGACGUCCACGGGAGGUAUCCAGACCAGAGAGACGUGGACGCGCUGUACAAGGACCUGGUGCCCAUGCAGCUGGGCGUCUUGCUCCAGUAUUCCGAUCUGAUCCCCGGAACCGCCGAGACCGUGAAGGUGCUGAGAAAUGAAUUGGGUUUGAAGAUCGGCGUCACGACCGGGUUCACCCGAAGCAUGGUCGACGUGCUUCUGCCGGAGGCCAAGAGGCAGGGGUUCGAACCCGAUGCCAACGUGGCCGGGGAUGACGUGAUCCACGGCACGCGCCCCAAACCUUUCAUGCUGUACAAGAAUCUGGACAUGCUGGACGUCCCCAAUAUCCAGUCCGUGGUCAAGGUGGACGACACCAUGACCGGGGUGGAGGAAGCCCUGGCGGCCGGGUGCUGGGGUGUGGGGCUGGCCCGGUACAGCAACAACAUGAACAUCAACAGCCUGGAAGAGGAGCAGCGCAUGUCGGCGGGCGAACUCCAGCUUCGCUUGGAGCGGUCGCGUGACCUGCUGGCCAAGGCUGGGGCUCACUAUGUCAUCGACACCAUCGAGGAGCUCCCGGGCGUUGUCGCCCAUAUCAACUCUCGGCUCGCGAAGGGAGAAAAGCCGUGAAGUAAAUCUGAUAUUGUGUAGGACGUCAUUUGUCUCCCUUUGUUUCCUACGGUCAUCAUUCAGGGAGGGAUCCACAUAUUAUUUGAUAUUUCUUUUUAGAAUAAAUUUGACUAUUUUC